CUGACUCGUCAUGGAGCUUCACCGCGAUACAAAUCGUCACUUCCUCCCGAAUGUGAAAAUGGUUGAUCAAGAUUCUCUCGCUCAUGCAUCUCCUACGCUCCAUCUCCUUUGCGCACUUUGAUUCAUCGUAAACGGGAUAUUACUCCGAUCAUCAUCACCAUGAAGAUAUACUUUCUUUUACCCUCUAUUCUCGUUGCAGGCGCACUCAUGACAGGCUUUGCCCGUGCUGUCAAUGAACACAACCAUCCACGCUGCGAGUGUGGCUACACAAUCAACGCUACCAGCUCUUCAAGUCCCUUCGCCCUCUUCACCGACCUCCUGGAAACCGACUUCCUACAUCUUUACAACCUACCUGACAGUAUUGAUGUACCCGCCUCGGAUGCCGUUGGUUGGGCCGUACAAGCAUACAAUAUCUCACCCUUAGUCGCCAGAGGUCCCUUCGGUAAAGCUGCUGAGAUCGACAAUGUUGUCCUAAACCCACUAUCUAGACGUAAAGACUGGACUGGCAAUGGAACGCUGGGCGGCGCCCCUGGUCUUCAGGUCUGGGUCAGAAAUCAGCAAGAUCUACUUGGACCCGUCGGUGACCAGAUGGUUCGGACCGGCGAAAUCAACAGUCUACGCCGGGACAUGCGAUAUGGGAGCUUCAGAGUUGCCAUGAAGAUGAGCGAUGUUCCGGGCACCUGUGCCGCGUUCUUCUGGUACCGCAAUGACUCACAGGAAAUCGACAUGGAAUAUCUCAGCCGGCAAGCCAAUUACGAGUCCGCCAACGGCUUGUCUCCCAUAAAUCUCGUUAUCCAAUCGCCAGCCUCUGCGAGUGCAAACUACAAUGCCAUCAACACAAGCACUUACCGCCUCGAGACUCUGCCCUUUCAACCCAGCGAAGGCUAUCACGAGUAUCGCUUCGACUGGACACCAGAACGCAUCGUUUUCUUCGCCGACGGUAAACCACUCUCAGAGUUCGAGAACGCUUUCGACGGCGAUGCUCCCGAUGCUCCCGGAACUAUGAUGUUAAAUCACUGGUCCACAGGCAAUGCUGGUUGGAGCGGUGGUCCACCAGCUCAAGAUGCUGUCCUUACAGUCAGCUACGUGAAGGCCUACUUCAACUCGAGUAACGCAACACGAGAGAGCCAAUGGAAUGCUGCUUGCGGAGGCGAGGUCUGGCGCAAUCGCACUUGCCAAAUUCCAGACUAUCCUACUCAGGGCAUUGACCCACAACGCAUGGGAAUGAAGGACCCAGGCAAGAGUUACUUCUUCAUGUAUGAUGAAUACUGCACCGUCAACCAAACGCUGUACCCAGCUGCCACUGGCGGACCAAGCAAAUCGAGUGGUGCUUCUCCUCUACUGCCGACGCCGGAAACGUGGACGAUACUCGGCUGGACGGCGAUAUUCGGCCUAUUUCUGCUUGCUAGUUGAAGCAGGUGGCUGUAGUGUUCUCAUCAUUUUUGCUAAGACGUCCUUCUUGUU